GUGGGUUGUUGUAGUAACGGGGAAGCGGAGGGAGGGGCUGUGACCGCCGGGCCGCUGUGUCCGGUCGCCCGGCCCGGCGCGCCCCACCCCGGGCGAUGCGGGAGGAGGCAACUGCUCCUGCAAGAUCCCUUGAAUCUGUAGGAAGGAGUCUCAGAGGCUACCGGGACUGGGCUAUAUGAAAACUCUCAGAGGAAAUGCCAGCUGGGAUUGCUCGAGGUCUGGAGGAAACUGGCUCAUCCUUACAGCAGGAGGAGGAGGAGGAAGAAGAUGUCAUAGAUGAGUUGGAAGAUCAUCCAUGUAUCAAGUGGACUGGUGGUGGCUGCAGGCGGAUCCCCAUCUUGGUGUUUCAUGCAGAAGCCAUUCUGACCAAUGACAGCUACCUCCGCCUAAUUGGAGAGCGCUACCACUUGUCCUAUAAGAUUGUGCAAGCAGAUGGCCGCCUGGUUCGAAGCAUUCUUACUGCCCAUGGAUUCCAUGAGGCGCAACCUGGUAGCAGCGAUUACAAUCUCAUGUGGACAGGAUCACACUUGAAGACUUACUUGCUGCGUUCUCUUACAGAUAUUCAGAAAGUCAAUCACUUCCCUAGGUCAUAUGAACUGACACGGAAGGACAGACUGUACAAGAAUGUCAGUCGUAUGCAGCUGGCCCAUGGAUUCAAAACAUUCCAUAUCUUACCUCAGACCUUUAUCCUCCCGACAGAGUACCAGAACUUCUGCAGUACCUAUUCUAAGGACAGAGGUCCAUGGAUAGUGAAGCCUGUGGCCUCUUCCAGGGGUCGAGGUGUCUACCUGAUAAACAAUCCAAACCAGAUAGUCCUGGAAGACAACAUCCUGGUUUCUCGUUACAUCAGCAACCCCUUGCUCAUAGAUGAUUUCAAGUUCGAUGUGCGCCUCUAUGUUCUGGUUACAUCCUAUGAUCCGCUUGUCAUCUAUCUCUACGAGGAAGGAUUGGCCAGGUUUGCAACAGUGAGGUAUGACCAGGCAUCCAAGAACAUUAGAAACCAGUUCAUGCAUCUGACCAACUACAGUGUCAACAAGAAGAGUGGAGAUUAUGUCAGCUGUGAUGAUCCUGAGGUAGAGGAUUAUGGAAGCAAGUGGAGCAUGAGUGCAAUGCUGAGGUACUUAAAACAAGAGGGGAAAGACACCGCAGCACUGAUGGCCAGUGUGGAGGACCUGAUUAUCAAGACCGUGAUUUCUGCUGAGCUGGCCAUUGCCACAGCUUGUAAACAUUUUGUUUCACAUCAUGGCACCUGCUUUGAGCUGUAUGGUUUUGAUGUGCUUAUUGAUGACACUCUCAAGCCCUGGCUGUUGGAAGUAAACCUAUCCCCAUCAUUGGCCUGUGAUGCUCCUUUGGACCUGAAGAUCAAAGCUAGCAUGCUCUCAGAUAUGUUUACCCUUGUAGGCUUAGUCUGCCAGGAUCCAGGCCAACGCUCAAGCCGGGACAAUUGUUCAUCUGAAUCUGUCAGGAGAAAUCCAUAUCAGAAGCUGCAGCGUCCUGUGUCUAUGCAGUCGCAAACAGCAAAUACUAAAUUGCGUACCCGUCCUUUGUCUGCCAGUGAUGCUGAAGUGAAAACCCUAAUGCCUUCAGGCAGGGAAAAAGUAACAGGAAGGCAAGGCACCUCUGUCCUAGGUCUCUCCAUGGAAGAGAUAAAAGUUCUUUGUCGAGUGAGAGAGGAGAAUGAACGGAGAGGAGGCUUCAUCCGGAUAUUCCCUACCCCAUUAACAUGGGAACUUUAUGGAUCCUUUUUAGAACACAAGACAUCAAUGAACUACAUGCUGGCUACACAUCUGUUUAAGGACAGGGGCAAGAUGAAAAGAGACUUCCCCACUGGGAGAUCCCGAGCAGGUCUUAAUGGAAAGCUGGAUAUGAGGCUGGAAGCUGUAGACUCUCAUGCUCUCUUUUAUGAGAGAAAGCUUGUUUCACUGGAGUUACGGAAGCGCCAGCGAUGCAAUGGCAAGUCUAAAGCAGCACAGACAGGAUCAUCAGGGACAUCAGAACCAAUGAAGUUGUCCCUCAAGUCAGGCACAGAAUGUGAGGAAGAAGAGGAGGUAGAUACAGAUGAAGAUGAGCUAGAUAGAACUGCUGGCUCUGUUUUGGACACUGAGGUGAAAAGUAAGCCAAAGCUCUCUGACUUGGUGAAAACUACUAGUAAGGAGAGGUUGCCAAAAAAACUUGACAAAAAACCUGGAGAUGGAGGAGAGCUGUUUCCUCAAAAAACAAACAUUCAGAUCAACUUGCUGCAGAUUCUUCGAAAGCAAGGAAAUCUGAGCAAAGUCCAAGCUCGCAGGGCUUUCUCUGCCUAUCUACAGCACGUUCAGUUGCGGCUGAUGAAGGAGGCUGGUGACCAGAUCCAGAAUUCUGCCUGGACUGCCAAAGAAGAUGAGCAAAUGGAGCUUGUGGUACACUUCCUGAGGCGAGCUGCCAGCAAUCUUCAACAGUCCUUGAAGAUGCUGCUCCCCAGCCGUCAUUUAGGACUAAAUGAUCGUCGUCGCGUCCUGGCUUACCAGCUGGGCAAGUUCAUAAUCUGUUAUAACAAGGAAACAGAGCAGAUGGUUCAGAAGCAAUCAAAAAAGAAACAGGAAGAGGAGCAGGGAGUGAAUCCUGAACUUUUUCAGAACUUCAUUAGCAAAGCAAGUGAAAGUGACCUGGCGGAAGUGCUGACCUUUUACACACAGAAGAACAGGUCAGCAAAUGUCUUCCUAGGAAAAAGCUCCGCAAGCACAAAAUGUGGCAACACCAGUAAUGAGUCAGAGAAACAGCCUCAAGAGGAGCAUCCUGAGGUGGUGAAAAAAAUAAAAGGUGAUCAGUCCAAAACUUCAGUUGCAGAUCUACUUGCAGAAGGAGCAUUAAAAGGCUGUAAACCCAAAGAAGUUUCAGAAGGACCCAUCUUCUCCUUAAACCCUGAAGUGAAAUUACCUCGGUGCAGCCCUUCUGGUGCUUCUUCCUCUACUUAUGGUGCCACAUUCCAGAGAAGUACCAGUUCCUGGACACCUUCUCAGCCUUCAGCAUCUGAAAAAUCACAGGCUGCUGCUCAGAUCUACAGCCAAAGAUUGUCCCGACCAUACUCUGCAAAAGUAGGUUUGUGCCAUCGCAGUUCAAGUGGGCAGCAUGUGGGCUCAGCCAGGAUGCACAAAGAUGCAGAAGAUACUUCUUCCCAGGACAAAAGUAAUAACCCCAGUAUGGUAGCAGCAGAACUGCAGCAGGUGGCAGAAAAGCAGUUAACAAACCUGAACUUGGCAAGUGGAACUAUAAGCAAGGGGAAUGCAGCCACCUCACAGAGCUACCAGUCAUCACUCAACAAAAGAGGGUCAUUGUUGGCUGUGCAGUCAGACACCCAUAUAGCUGACAAAAGACCUGUCUCUUCAGCUGUCAGGGCUCCAGAGAAUCAUCGUUUUGCCUGGGAAGGAGAGAUGGAGAACAGUGUCUACAACAAGGUGACACAGAGUCCACUGGCACAUCCAACCUAUCAGCUCAAUUUUGCUCUGCAACAACUUCAGGAGCUUAAACUUCAGUCACGACAGCUGUUGGAGCAAAGCCAGGCCCGGCACCAGACUCUCUUUGCCAACUACUCGCAAUUCAGCACCAGCCAUAUACAUAUGCCAGCUGGCUCUGAUGCCCACAAGACAUCAAGUGCCACUUCUAGUAUCCAGAAAACACCCAGUUUGCACAAAGUGAUGCCAUCCCAGAAUACGCCUUCUCAGCUGGUUCCAAAGCUGGUUCCAAAGCCUCCAGCAAACCACAGGCAGGCAGUGGUCAGAAAGGCUGCAGCCCAGAGGAUUUCCAAGGUGUCUUCCAUUGAAAGGCAGCUGAACCGAUUCCAGAACAGUGAUGCAUCCUGUGAGCCAGGGAGAAAUUCCACAGCCUCUGCUCGAAGAGGAGGACUAACACUGAACACCAGGAAAGAGUGAAGAGGAGGCCCUGGUGAGAGGACAACCCACAGAGGAGAGCAUCUGGACAUCUGUAGAAGAUGGUGAUACACCUGCAAGCUGAGGUGAAUGAUUGCCUCUGAGAGCUUCUGCUGCUGAGUCUUGGGGUCCCUUCCUCCCACCUCUUCCUGAUCACUAACUGUGAGAUCUUUCUAUGAGACACAGAUCCUCCAGCUGUCUGUAUUGUUCUUCCUAAGAUCCAAGUUUGAACAUAAAGUCUCAUUUGCUCAGCCAUUUCAAUCUGUCCUAGUUUGGUAACAGCCAAGAUUCUCUGCUGUCAUCACAUGGCAACAGCAGAGAAAAAUAUUAGAACGUAUGACUGGAGACAUCCGUGUUGGUUGCCAUCUUAAAUUUUGGCACAGAGCCAUAGAAAUGAUUGGUUUGAAUAAAGUAAUUUCAUUUGUUUGUUUUGGUUAUAAUUUCAGUUAUUAAUUCACACCCCCAAAAUAUUUGCUGUCAUAUUAGACAGGAUUUUAAAUCUGUCUUUAUGCUUCACUGGUGGAUGCUUACGUUCUGUGUGGCUUAUUUUUGUGGUUUGAUUUCUGUUUGUUUAGGCUUUAUAAACUUUUUUAAUUGGCUGAUGUUUUCAGACCCAAGCUUGAACCCUAAGGCCCAGGUGGCUCCUAUCACUUGCAAUAGUGGCUUGGUGAAGGACUCCAGUUAAAAUUUCCUUGUGCUAGAAAACAUCAGCAGCUGGAAAAUGUAUUGGAGAGAAGUUCCACCCAUCCUUAAAAUGAACAGGAAGCGGCUUCAGCUCUGGCUCUUUGUUGGUGCCAGGUUACAGGAAAACUCAGUAUUUUGCAACUUCUGCCUUGUCAAACAGCAAGUGAUGUGACUGUAAUUUUCAAAGGGUACAGAAUCUCCUGUUGUUUGUAUUGGGGCCCUCAGAGAUGGGAUUCUAACAGUUUGAUCUGUUUUCUUACUCCACAGCUUCCCUGUCAUUUCUAGUCCGCAUAGUCAGUGUACUUAGAGUGGGUUGGCAAGUAGAUAAUGUGGCUCACAGAAGAAACAGUGUUACAGGAGGAAAGUGUUUUCUCUUAAAAUGGUUGCGUUCAUGUUCACUCUUGGAUUGUGCAUAUUUUCUGUCAUCUAAGACUAGAUAAAUUGUGAGAAGAUUAAAUAAUUAUGUUCAUACUCCAUUAGUUUCACCAUCACUUGCUCCAGGCAUAAUUCAUAGGACAGAACGUGCAUUUUUCUAUUUCUGCUCCAGUCAUGCAUAUGACAGACAUUGAAUACUUAAUUUGUCCAAAAUGCAGUUCUCUGAUGUAGCUGCUCUCUUUCUUACUCCAUUGGUUUAUCUUUGAUUUCCUAGACAAUCACGUUCCUCUUCACUUUCUCUACGUUUUUCAGCUGUGUUCUUCAAGAAUCUCCAUAGCAUUUGUCUGCUGCCUGUGCGACCAUCACAUAUCAUCAGUGACCAACAGAUCUGUAAAAUCUUGUGAAGUUACUUUCAGAUCAUGUCCCUUCUGUCUGUAAUCACUGAAUUCCAUUCAUGGAAUUCUCUGAGAUAGGUGGUUCUACUUGUGCAUCAAGUUGUUGGCUCAUGAUUAGUGAAAAGUUAGUUGCAGAAGUUGUUACUUCAAACUUCUGCGUAUCCUGAGCAGCGGUGGGUUGCAGGACCUUGGGUCUGGCUUUUCACAGCCUACUCUGCUACAUGUGGUAUUGGCUACAGCCUCCAGCUCUGUUCGAGAACUGUCGAUGGGCCAUUUCCCUCAAAGACUUAGCUUCAGUAGCAGAUUCCAUUCCUUUCUUCCUCCUAGGGGGAUCUGAGUUAUCCUUUUUCUACUGGGUUUCAUGUGCAGGAUUAAGUAGGUGUAGGAUAUACACCCUUGUCAGCUUCAAGAGCAGUGAAGUCUUGCACUCUUUGUCCCUGGAAGAUUUUUCUUCUGCUUCCAACAAACAAAAAAAAAAACCAACAAAACACCCCAAGCCCAAAACAAAAAAAACCAAAACAGGGAUAUCAAGAUGGGUCCUUUACCUCAAGCCAAACACCUACACCCUGAACUGUUCAGCUUCAGGAUGUUUUAGGGCAGCCAGAGCAUCAGAGGAAAUAGCAGUAUUCCUUUGCCUUGCGUAUCUGCUGAUGCCAGCUCUGAGCACAAAUGCUGUUACCUUGGGAGCACAUGAAAUAGAGAAUCAGAAAAAAAUCCUGUGAUUCCAGCCUCAUAUUUUUUGCAUCUCCCUGUCCUCCUCAGCCUGGAGUCCGUGUAUGUCUUUGUGCAUGGUGGGUAUGGUGUACUGAAGGAUAACACACAUAUUUUGUCUCUUCGCAGCUGCUACCUCCAUGUCUGUCCCUUUUCAAAAGAGACUGCUUCAGUUAAGAGAUUUAAUGGGGAGGCAUAGAACUGUUUCCUGCACAUCUUGGAGAGAAGGUAUUUUACAGGAAUGUAAAAUGUUUUCUAGUACAAGGGAGGAAAGGAGAUUGGCAAACCAUUUCGGAUUUAUAAUAGUUGCACAUGAGGGGAGUGCAAUUAUAUAUGUGCUUCUCAAGUGGGGAUUAGUUUAUCUCUGCUUUUAUGACAUUUGCUUCCCUAUAUUUAUCAAUGAGUUUCAUUGAAAGUGCCUUUGUUCACUGUGGGAAAAUUACCCAAAGAAAGUCUCAACAUCAUUCAGCAUCUACUUCAAUGGUGAGAUUGGACAAUGUAAGCAAGGGAUCCCCCUCUUCUCUCCUGCUCAGUGAUGCUUGCAUCACUUCUACAUUAAGGAGCCUGUUCUGAUGAUAGAGAAUCAGACUUGUUAGUCUUGAAAGGGGUAAGGUGCACAUCAGAGUCCUGGAAGCUAAGGUAAUGCAGAGUUCAUACAAGCAUUUUGUGUUGUGUUUGAGCGAUGAGUGUACCACAACAAAAAUUAAGGGAGGAUAUUAGAUUUUCUCCUCUCCAGAAGCAGCUGACUUGUACUGAGUACAUGGAGUAUUAAGUUCACUUUUACAUGGUUCCUCUUGGCCUUUAAACAGCCUCACAAGUCAUGUGAGUGCCAUCAGUGGGAGAUCAUAUUAUGACACUAGAUAGACUACUUAGUCUUGGAUGCCAACAAGAAAUACUGAAAUUUCUAUUCUAAAGACAAGAUAUGCUUUUGGACAAUCAUUAUUUGUUGGAAAUGCUCCUCAUUAUGAUGCCUGGAAGGUCAACAGAUAUAUCUGGUUCCACACUGUGGCAAGAGGCUUUGGUAUCAAGACCUUUGUUUACUAGUAGGAAUCCUUAAUGCUGUGCCUCUUCCUCAUACCAGAAUAUGGAUAAUCUCCAUGUGCAUGGAGUUGAAUGGCUGGCAGUGUUGGAUCAUUCCUCUUCUUCAGCUCUGAAGGAGAUCAUUGACUUAUAGAUGAGUUUGCAGAACAGACUGGAUUCUCAGUUUGCAUUCUUUCGGGCCUGUACCUUGCACUAAUACAACAGUUCCAGUCAUUCUGGAUUAUUUGCUGGAAACAAAAGUAGUCUGGCUCCUGAUUUAUUUUUGUUAAGGUUUACUUAUCAAACUGCCAAAGACAUUUUUUCUUCAGUCAGUCCUACAUUUGCUGUUCAUGAUAAUCCUGGACUCACUCUUUGAAUCUGGGUCGGUUAUUUGCUGGUAUUUAAAUAGUUGGAUUUUUUUAGUUGCAGUAACUGGCUGGUUGAUCCUCUUCCUACUGAUUCCUUUCUGGACACAUUAUUCUGUGGAUCUAUCUUAAGUUUCUUUCAAAAGAAAGUUCUGAACUUUAUUUAAACCUGAGACUUGAUGCCCUUCUUUCUAAAACCUCAUGUUUCUAGAGCUAGGACAUCCUUGUUUAUGCCAAACAUCAGGAGGACCUUAUUGUAUCUUUACAGAAUCAGGUCAGUCAAACAGUCCUUGAGACAGGUGGAUAGAGCACAAAACUUAACAUUCAUAGUUCUCUUCAUGCAGAAAGUGGUUAAUUGGAAAAGAGGUGGGCAACGAGGACUGUAAGGGAGGUGAAAAGGGAGUAAUUGUUCACAGUCUUGCCCACUAGAAGUAGGAGCAUCAAAUGGAACCAAGAGAUACCAGAUUCAAAGAAAAAAAGAAAAAGGGGUGUGUGAUUUUUUUUCUUUUUUUUCACAGUGUGUAGUUGACCUGUGGAACUCAUUGUCACAGUUUAUGGUGGAUACAAAAAAGUGUAAAAGUGGUUUGAAAAGAGAAGUAGACAAAUCCAUGAAAAGGUAAUUAUUAGGGCAUAUUAAAUAUUAAAAUUAAAAAACAAGCAGGAAAUUUCUAAGACUUUUCAAGUGGCUAUUCUGGGGAAGUAUCACGGUGGGCUUUUCAAAAUUUUAGCUUGUCUGUCAGACAUGCUGUUGACCACUGUUAGAGAGAAGAGGUGAGAUAGAUGGUCUUGUAGUCUGGAUGUUUUAUUUUGGCAGUUGCAGUACAGCCUAAUAGAACAGCCAAGGCAAAGCUGCCUUCCAUAGCAGUGGCAUAUUGCACCAGAGUUCACUCUGUGGUGUUUGGUUCUCUAAGAAAAGUCUCUGUUGCUAACAUCUGCCAAGUUGUCACAUGCAGUUUAUCUACACUUCCACCUGAGUGGGCACUAUAUAUUGCAGAGGCUUUCAGAAUGAUGAAGCUCUUACAAGAGCAUAAAGGACACCAUGAUUCACCUCUAGAUAGGGGGGAUUUGGAGGGAAAGUAGGUUGGUGUAUGGAAGUAAUCCAUAAUAUGAUGUUUGUAAAUGGUUAAUCACUUAAAUAUGGAAAAGAAACUACCACUAACUGAAGCUCUUAAAUUAUCUUACUCGUACACAUUUCACUUCUCAUCAUCUUUCUCUUCUGAAGUGCUUAAGUGCACAGAACCUUCAUGGUGAGUGUGCACAACCACAGCACAUCUAAAAGAACUAUGGUACCUGGUAACUGCUUUUUUCCCCAUUUUAGAGUGCUACUGUCCUCUUCCAAAGAAUGAGAUUAAGUUUCCCUUUUGCCUUAAAGAUGAGUAGUUGGAAACACAAGCUGAUCUUCUCCAAAAUUAUUGGAUUCUGAGUUUUUGAAAUAGCCUCUCUGUACAGUUUUAACACAGAGGACAAACUCCACUGAACUAAAGGUGACAAACAAGACACCAAGUGUCUGUUAUCUUACCAAAAAAGGAUUUUACUGGCCCUCAUUGAAAAAGUGUUUUCACUGCUGUUUCCAAUUUAAAGGAAAGAAUCACCGAUCACUGUGGAGAUCCUGGUGUGAAGCCUUUGCCAGUGGUAUUCAGUGAAUCAUAAUGGUUCCCUAGGGAGAAGAGUAGACUUAACAGGGCCUCUUCUCUACAGCUCCAUGCCUACAGUGCACAAAAUGAGCUAUUAUUUUCAAAGGAGUGGCUUCUUUAUCUGACCUGUCAGACAAAAAAAGAUUGAAUUGGCCUUAAAAAAAUUCAUGAAAUUGUUAAGAAUUCGGGGGCUAUCUUUUAUUACCAGAAUUGUUAUCUUUUGUUUGGGGCAGGUGGAAGAGGUGCUGUUAUCUCUAAAAGCAAUUUCAGCAUUGUACUUGGCCUUUUGCCUACUUGUGUUCCAGGAUGUGCAACAGAAGAUAACCCCAGAACAUUAGUUUAAUUUGGUGUCUCUGCAAGAGAAUUUUAGAAAAUCUCAUUUCACCAUAAUUAUAGCAUUGGUAAAGUGUAGUCUCCUUUCCCCAGACUAAGAGACAAGUUACUAUAGUCAAUGUAGUUAGGUUUAAAAGUCAUAAAAUCUCCUCAAAAAAAAAAGUGUUCUGUGGUUAUUGAUCUAAUCUAUGUCUUAAGUACUACCAUGUCAAAAGUCAGGAAGGCAUCUUUGAAAAGUUCCUCUACUGCCAAGUCCGAAUGUUUGACUGUCAUCACUCCCUCAUUCUACUAUAAAAUUUGGGUAUUUUUCUGAGAUUGGGGAAGAAAAACAACAAGGGAUUUUCCCCCACUAUUUUCACUGAUUACUAUAUAGGAUUCACCUCAAGUGAACCACUUUUCAAGUGGUUUUGCUUUAUGUGUAUGACCUUUUGGAAAGGUUGUGCUGUGUUAGGUGUAUUUAAUACAUGUAGGAUGCCUGUGCCAUUCUUCAAGGUGUGCAGAUGGACAGCUGUGAAUUUUCUGGGAGGGCAAAUGAAAUUGUAGGCAUCCUAUUAGUGCCACUAUUUACAGUGCUUACAAUUCCAGUUGCAUGAUGCUUCCCUCCAUUCAAAUCAGGAUUGUCUUCCCUUCUGAAAGUGUGUUUUCUCCACUAUUUCUAAUUCUAGAAAUUCAUGGUGGCAUACAUUUUGUCUAUAAUAUCAUCUGGGAAUUUUUUUUCUUAUCCACAGACCUACAAAACUUGUUUCCAUAUGUCUACUGAAACUUUCUUAGGAAAAAUAUCUAAGAAUAAAGCUUGGUGGUUCUUCCUGCCAAAUUGUGGCUUUGCAAGUUUCAUAGGUCUUUUGAAUGAUUGCUUGGCUGAGAGCAGGUGAAAUUGAUAAGAAUUAAGGACAAUUUCAAAUGUGUAGUCAGCACAUUGUAACAGCUGCCACACCACAUUUCCCUGAGAUUUUUUGCCAUCGUCUUCUUGAUUUUGUUUCUUCGUAUUAGCACUACAGAGCACUCAGCAUGGUAGUGUCCGAAUGAGAUCUUCAGAUCCUAUAGUCAGAGAUUUCUGUAGCAAGUGUCCUUAGAGGGGGCAGAUGUGAAAUUGUGUCACGCAAAGCAGCUUGUUGCAAGCUGGAUGUCUUCCAGAGACUCUGGUCGCAAGUCAGGCAGUCUGCUACUGUUUUCCCCUACAAGUGGAAUUUCUUACAAAUCAUUAAAAACAGUGGAGGUCUCCCAGGCAUCUGGUCUACCUGCAAGAGAGUUUCAGCACUUCGAGGGACCAUAAAUUUUUGUUUCGAGAAAGAACCAGAACAUGGUUACGAAGACAUUCUCUAGUCAUUGCACUUUGUGCAUUGCACAAAUCCUGUAAGAUUUGCCCCUGGCUGCACAGCAAAUCUUUGUUUUGUCUGCUUCCUGAAGAGGAUAAUAACUUCAGGAGAAAAAAGAGAUCCUUCCUGAAGAAUGUCAGGAAGUCUCUGGUUUGAUAUGACCCAGCUGGCUCUUUCAUCAAGUGAUGUACAUGCACUGACCAUGAUAUAUUAGUACAAUGCCUCAUGCUGAUUUCUGUAUGUGAUGAAUGGAUAUCUGUAAACAGCUACUGAGAAAUGUCUGAGUGUUGGCAGACCAGAAAAGGAAGCCACCUUUGCUUUCUGCAACAUGCGUAACCCCAACAUGUAAUUAUUUAUUGCAUCGGUCUCUGUGGACAGCAAUGAGGUAUCAUCUUGCCUAGCCAACUAAAUGGAAUGAGAGAUGAAGAAUAUCACCCUGCACAAAGACCAAUGCCUCCCUGAAAGAGGGAGAAAUAAAUCUUGGUCUUCAGCAGAUGCAGCCUGAAAGACUGGUAUUCUUUGGUAUAAUUUAACAGUGCCAGCAUAUACCACAGGGGACAGAGUUUCUGUCUGAAAGCUGUUCACUAAGUUUGCAGGAUGUGGGAAACCAAUAAUGGGGGAGAGGGGGGUGUGCCGCAAACCACAGCUAUAAAGAAACCUCUAUUCUGUACUAGAUAUAAAGGUCCUUAUCCCUAAGUGUAUUUUCCAUCAAAUCACAGCCCAGUACUGGAAAAGGCCCAGCUACUUAGUUGAAUGCCUUCAGACCAUCUCUGCCAUCUUUCCUAUGCAAUCUAGCCCUAGAUAAGGAUGUUCUAAAGCAGCUGGGUAACUGAGGUCUAUAAUUUUUGAAAAGAGUCUUUCCUGGAAACACACUGUGACAUCCAAAGUACCGUACCAUAUUGUUUCUUAAGGGCAUAAGUGGCAUCUCAAAUGCAUUACUGUCAUUUAGAGAAGUAAGAAAAUGGCAACCAUUAAUCAGGCAUUUUCAUUUGCUGUAUUUCUUGUUGAUGUAUCUGAAUGCAUUUCUAAGACAAUCUAUGAGUAAAACGGUCUCAUCUCU